AUGGACGAGAUGGCACAUGGAGCUUUGGAUUCAUCCGAUUUAGAGGAGGACAGAUGUUCAGACGAAGAGCUGCCGCCUUCAAAACUCGGGACGAAAGAGUAUUGGGAUGAUGCCUAUGAAAAGGAACUAGAAACCUUUAAAGACAUUGGAGAUGUUGGCGAGAUAUGGUUUGGAGAGGAGAGCAUGACUCGUGUGAUUGGAUGGAUGAAUAACUCAAAAGUACCAAAAAAUGCAUCUAUUCUGGAUAUUGGUACAGGAAAUGGAGUGUUUCUUGUUGCGCUGGCUGAUAAUGGUUUCAUAAAUCUGACAGGAAUAGAUUAUUCAGAAUCCUCAGUAGAACUUGCUCGGAAUAUUCUUCUUUCUGAAGGAAAGACUGAUGUACUUGUUAAGACGGUGGAUUUCUUAAGCUGUCAAGACGAGCUUGAGAGCUUUGAUCUGUGCAUCGACAAAGGGACUUUUGAUGCAAUAUGCCUCAACCCAGACAACGCUAAAGAAAGAAUAAGACUAUAUGUGAAAUCUUUGAAAAGAGUUUUAAAGAAUGAGGGAUUCUAUGUUAUUACCUCAUGUAACUGGACCAGAGAGCAACUGCUGGAACACUUUAAGGAAGGAUUUGAGCUUCUACAAGAGUUGCCCACACCCACGUUCAAGUUUGGAGGGCGGACUGGCAGCAGUGUGACAGCACUGGUCUUCAGAAGAAUGUUUUUCACGCUUUCUUUUGUUGAAGAUGGCCUAACUUCGACAGCACGUCUGCUGGCCAGUCACCCAUCGCUUGGAGUGUGA